AUUUUGUAAACACCAAAACACAAGGAGAAGUUUCUCAGCUCAAUCUAUUUACAUUUUAAAAUAAAAACAAAAUUCUUGCGAAGGUCAUGAGAGACACACAUGUGUGAUAAAGACGCGAUGUUCUUCAGUUGAUUUUUAUAUUUUGACUGCUGUGGAACCUGCAAAGAUUUAAAAUGAAAUUUUCUUUCAUUUUAUUUGUUUUUGGAUUUUUUGUAAUAAAUUGCAGUGCAAGUUUGCACUCAAAUAUUCUGUUUCUUAGUGGUGUCCCUAGUCCCAGCCAUUACAUUUAUAACAAAGCAUUAGCUGAAGCGCUUGCAUUACGUGGACACAAUGUCACAUUUGUCUCACCUGAUGUCAGCAAUAAAGUGAUUCAAAAUUUUCAUUACAUCCAUUUGGAUCAAGUUUAUGAGCAUUGUUACAAUGAUUCUGGUCAUAUCAACCUCCUAGACAUGAGCAAGCAAUCGCCAUUAAAAUAUGUCAUGUCGUUCCAUCAUUUCAAUAAAAUUUUGUGUGAAGGAAUUAAAAUGAGUAAAGGCAUUGAAGUCAUCAAAAAAUACCCAAACAGCUUCAAAUUUGAUCUCGUCAUUAAUGAUUACGUGUGUGGACCUUGUUUACUUGGCUUAUUGCCAAAAUUUAAAUAUCCACCGCUUGUUGGAAUUUCUGCGUUCAAUAACCCUCCAUAUACUGUUGAUAUUGUCGGUGGAGAUAAGCUUGGAUUGACAGUAAAGCCUUUUUAUUUGCUGUAUUAUGAUGAACACAUGAGUUUUGGUCAGCGAAUGCAUAAUGGAUUCAUUAAUUUCUUUGACUCAUUCUACCGAAAAUACUCAACAACCCCCGCAAUUGACAAGCACAUGAAGGAAAUUUACGGAUCUGAAACACCUUAUGGUGAUGAUUUAGACAAAAAGGCUUCAAUUAUGCUUGUUAACUCACAUCCUGCUGUUGACUAUCCAGAGCCAUUGCCACAAAAUGUCAUCCAAGUUGGUGGACUACAGAUUAAUGAUCCAAAAGUUGUUCCUGAUGACAUAAAUGAAUUCAUUAAAAAAGGCAAGAAAGGAACAAUUUUAAUGGCGCUUGGAACUAACAUAAAGUCUGAUGAAAUCGGAGAGCAUGCAAUUAUGAAUAUUAUUGAAGCUUUUCGACACAUGCCUGACUAUAAUUUCUUAUGGAAGUUUGAAUCGCCAGCAAUGUUAAAGGAACUGUCAUCAAAUGUCAUGAUUAAAGAUUGGCUUCCACAAAAUGACAUUUUAGCUCAUCCACAAGUAAAAGUAUUCAUUACACAUGGUGGACUGUUAUCAAUUCAUGAAGCUGUAUGGCAUGGAGUUCCAAUGGUAAUUAUUCCGUUCGUUGCUGAUCAACAUAGGAACUGCUACAAAUCAGUACAAAAUGGAAUUGGAGUCAAAGUCGAUUAUCAUACAAUUAAUUCUGAAAAAUUAAGAAAAGCUAUUGUGGAAGUUCUGCAUAACCCAAAAUACCGCAAAAAUGUACAGCAGAGAUCAAAAUUAUUCAAGGAUCAGCCAGAAAAGCCAAUCGAGCGUGCUGUUUGGUGGUGUGAAUUUAUUAUGAGACAUCCGAAAAUCACACAUUUAAAGGCUACGAAUUAUAAAUUGCCAUUUCUAGGAUCACACUUUUGGGAUAUUAAGGUCAUUAUUAUUUGGUUGGUUAUUGCUUUGGUGUUUGUUACUAGAAUGAUCUGUAAGACUAUGUUUGUAAAGGAGAUUGUUGAAAUUACAAAGAAGGAGAUUGUAAAAAAAGUUGAAGUUCCAAAACAUAAAGUUCAUUAGAAUGGAACAUCAGCUUGAAGCCUGGAUGGCAGCAGAGUAGCAUGGAAUUUGGAACCAAGCCUGCCAGAUAAGUUUAUUAUGUUGUGAAGCUUGGCUUUUAAUAAGUAAUAAACUUGUGGAUACUUUUCCCACCUAUUUUAAAAAUUGCAAUCAAAAUGUUCAGUUUUGGGAUAGUUGGACGAAUUCUUUUAAUUAAGUUGCAUUUUGACUCCCUGAUGCAAUAUAGCAUAAUUAAAUUUCUCGUCACCUAACAUUUAUGAACUCACUUCCGCUACUCAACAAUAUAUUCAUCCAAAAAUUACAUGACAAAGAAAAAUGGAACCAACAGUCACGCACAAAUAAAAGGAAACUGAACUAUGCGUAUCAUUUUGCUGUAUCCACUCCGAUGUUUUUGUUAUAUGUUGUUAUUCUUUCCUCUAAUGGACUUGUCAUUUGUUAUGUCAUUAUACAUAUAAAGCCAUGAAUGUAGAGUAACGGAGAGAAGAGUAAAAGUCAGUU